GCCGCCCCACCCGCCCAGCUCGCCUGCUUCCCGCCUGCCAUGGCGCGGCUCCUGGCAGUUACCCUAGGCUGCGUCAGCCUCCUGUACCUGCAGCUCCCUGGCGCGCUGUCCCUCGGCCUAGGGGGGCGCCCGCGCUCCGCCCGACUCAGGGUUCCUCCCGCCCGGACUUAUACCAGCAGCCUGCAUCCCCGGCGCCCUGCACCCCAGCCUGUGGUCUGGAAGCCUCACCAGGCCCCUCAGCCACAGAAGGGCACUAGCCUGGCCCCUGCUGUGAGCCAACCUCUUCAGAACCACGGCCGAAGACACUCGGGCUCCCGUCACCCAGGCCCCCGCAGACCCCGAGCCCAGCUCCUGCGGGUGGGCUGUAUGCUGGGGACCUGCCAGGUGCAGAACCUCAGCCACCGCCUGUGGCAGAUUGUGGAGCAGGCCGGUCAGCGGGACUUGGCCCCUGUCGACCCCAGGAGCCCCCACAGCUACGGCUGA